GCCGGCACCGCCCUGCUGUCGCUGUCGGAUCGGUUGCUGAAGAGGGCUCCUGGGGCCACCUUUUUCCUACUUUUCCCCCCAGGCGGCAGCGGCAGCGGCGGCGGCGGCGGCAGCAGCGGCGGCGGCGGCGGCGGCGGCGUCAUGGACCUGUCCGGGCUUCUGCUGGACGAGGAGGGUGCAUUCUCGCUCGCGGGCUUCCAGGAAUUCACGUUUCUCCCUGGACAUCAGAAACUGAGUGAACGAGUCAGGAAGCGACUCUACUAUGGCUGGGACCCAGAUUGUGGCCUAGAAGAACUAUCCAGUCCCGUGGCAGACAUUGCUGUGGAGUUGCUCCAGAAGGCAGCCCCCAGCCCUAUUCGACGGCUUCAGAAGAAAUAUGUGUCUCAUGUGUCCCGGGAGGCAUGUAUCUCUCCAUGUGCCAUGAUGUUAGCCUUAGUUUAUAUUGAACGGCUCCGGCACAGAAACCCUGACUAUUUACAACAUGUGUCAUCUUCUGACCUCUUCCUCAUCUCUAUGAUGGUGGCUAGCAAGUACCUUUAUGAUGAAGGUGAAGAGGAGGAGGUCUUCAAUGAUGAAUGGGGAGCUGCAGGGGGUGUGGCUGUGCCAACCCUCAAUGCCCUUGAGAGAGGCUUCCUGAGUGCUAUGGACUGGAGCCUUUACACUGAUCCUCGGGAGAUCUUUGAGGUGCUGAGUUGGCUGGAGGGCUGUGUUGCUGAGCAGCAGGGACGACGACGUGGCUGGUAUACCUACACAGACUUAUGUGUGCUGUUGGAGCAACGAACCUGGCAAUUGGCUUUGGGCUCACUGUGCCAACGUUUAGCCAAGCUGGCUUGCCUGUUAGCCUUGGCUUAUGUGAGCAGUGUAGCUGUGGCUGUAGCCUCAGUGACUGUGCUGCACCAGACCUUGGGACUACAUGGCAUUCCUCAUGGCAUUCCUCCUCCAAAGCUCCCUGACGGUGGCUGUCUCACCCCCAAGUGCCCACUGGGGCCGUGUUCUCUGCCUGCAGCUUCUGUUCCACAGUUCCUACCCCUUUCUGCUAAUACCUCCCAGAAUCCAAUGGGGGAAGUAGGACUGCAUUCACUGUGGGGAAGUCUUCUGGCUACACUGACUACUUCCUUACCUCCACCACCUGUGCCAGGCACCCCGAAUUCUCAGCAUUGCCCUCUUUGUCGGCAGCUCCAGUUAGACUCCCCAGCCCACUCAGCCUGUCAAUGUACCAACUCUACAAGCACAAUGAGACCUCUCAGUCCCUGGUAUCCUCCGCCUGGCCAGACUCCACCCUGGCCCUGGAGCCCCGUGACGCCUGUCCUCCCCCAGCCACAGCAGUGUUCCUUGUUUGGUGCUAUGGAACUGGCCCGUCUCAAAUCCUUUAUCUUUCCUGGAUAGAUGGAGAGUCUGGAAGUGUGUUGAGGGGAGUUAGGUUGCCUUGGGGGGCUUACAGGACAAAGGUUUAUCUGUUAGGAAAGAGGGAUUUAAAAACAUGGGAUUUAGUUUCUCUCUUCUUUUCUGGGUUCUUUGUUCUCUUUCCUCUCAGGGGAAAGGUAAAUGGGAUGGUGGCAGUGGGGUGGAAUAUGUUGUCUGUCUUUGUGGCCUUUGCCCUCUCCAGCUGGACUCCGCAGAUUUGGCUUGUGAUAUCACUUGGGGGAAGGCUUGGUCCAGGUGACCUGUGUAAUGUCACAUGUAGUAGGCCGUGGGAGGGCUCUGCCACCUCUGAAGCUUUCUAGAGUUGAUAAUUUUUGCUUUUGUUUCUUAGGAUGAGUGGGCAAGUAGGAGAGUAGUAGGAGGACAGGAUGAAUGGGCAAGUAGGAAAGUGGGGGACAAGUUGAAGCUGGUCUGUGUGAAGUCCCUAGCACUUGAGUGCCAGGGGAUGAUAGGACCAGGGACUCAGAGGGUGCUUUGGAAUAACAUCAGGAGAGGUGAUGGAAAAAGCCCUUUUUGAGUCAAAACUCCAGGGCCUUUAGCCUUUUUCCUUUAGGGCUCCCUGCCCAUCCAGUUUACUCUUUGUUGGUACCUUUCUCCUGUGUCUUUUUUCCUCAAGUCUCUAGCCCCCUGGUUUGUACUUCGUUUUUUUCCAUACUUUUAUAGAAGAAUUUGAAGUUUCAAUAAAGAGUUUAAGUUGCA